CUCCCCAACUCGAUACGACUACUGCACUUCGGACCCGCGCGCACGCUCCCAAAGCCCUCGGAUUUUCAGAUCAGUAAGUACUACGUACGGUUCCUGGAAUUGCCCGCUCUUUCUCUCUGGGUCAAACCGAAGAGCUCUUGGAUCGACAGGGAUGGAGAUUUUCGGGAUCGAUUUCAGCUGCGCUUUCGGAUCCCUUCGCGACGGGAAGAUCCCGGAGAAGGACUGCCUCCUCCCGCUGCUGUCCAAGAUCCUCGGCUAUGGCAUCGUCGCCGCUUCUACCACCGUCAAGCUCCCUCAGAUAAUGAAGAUUUUGAAGCAUAGGAGUAUUAGGGGCCUUAGCAUGGUGGCCUUUGAGCUUGAAGUGGUGGGUUACACUAUUGCUCUGGCAUACUGUCUCCACAAAAAGCUCCCCUUUUCGGCGUAUGGUGAAUUGGCAUUUCUUCUUAUCCAAGCUAUGAUUUUAGUUGCUAUUAUGUAUUACUUUUCGCAACCGAUGGGAAUCAAGACAUGGAUCAGGCCUCUAAUAUACUGCGCAGUAGCACCGACCAUUUUAGCUGGUCAAAUUGAUCCUGUUCUUUUUGAAGCAUUAUACGCAUCUCAGCAUGCGAUAUUUUUCUUCGCAAGAGUUCCGCAGAUAUGGGAAAACUCCCGUAACAAAAGCACAGGGGAACUCAGCUUCUUGACAUCAUUGAUGAAUUCUGCUGGUUCCAUGGUCAGAGUUUUUACCAGCAUCCAGGAAAAAGCACCUACAAGUGUUGUUUUGGGCUCAGUCAUUGGUAUUGUGACAAACGGAACAAUCUUGAGUCAGAUCAUUUUUUACAGCAAGCCACAAGCAGCAAAAGAGAAGAAAAUGAAGUAGAGAGAUUUUUGGAUGAUGCCUUACUGGUGCCGCGGACAUUAUAUUUGCAAAGGGAGUGGGGUCCAUCAUUCUUGAAGAUUUCUUUCUAUUCUUCUUCUUCUUCGUUAUUUCGAAUUACAAUCUAAUUGGGAUCAACAGGUGAAGUAACUAGAUGAAAUGUGUGCAGAUGCAGAUACGAACACAUCUGUAAGUCUCUUGCUAGGAACUUUUGUUGUCAGGUCUGAGGGGUAGGAUUAUCUAGAAAGCACUUUUUAAGUGUUCUCUGGCAAAAAUUUGAUGUACUACACAUGUUGUAUGCACCUUAGAUAUUGCAAUUCCCAUCUCAUAAGUUUAGUCA